AUUAAGUGGUAAUGAGUGACAUAGGUGGUGGCAGCAGCAGCAUAAGGCUCCUCCGUGAAGUGGAGGAGGAGGGUGGUAGUGGUGAGAGACCAAAGGAGCCAUGGAAAGGAGAAUAUGUGAAGAGCAUAGUGUAUGGAGGGCUUGAUGCUAUUAUCACUUGCUUCUCUCUCAUUUCUUCUAUCUCUGCUUCCACUUCUUCCUCUGUGAAUGUAUUGGUUCUCGGUUUUGCAAACCUAGUGGCAGAUGCAAUAUCAAUGGGGCUUGGAGACUAUGUGUCUGCAAGAACAGAGCAAGAUGUGAUCAUUAAGGAGAGGAGAGUGACAGAAUGGGAUGUCAUCAAUCAUAUAGACACUGAGCAAUCACAGUUACUCACACACUUUCAAGCACUUGGUAUGGACUACAAUGAUGCAACCUUGAAGGUUGUGAACAUAUUCAAAAAAUACAAGGACAUCAUGGUAGACCAAAGAAUGGUAGCAGACAAAGGAAUGCUACCAGCAGAUGAAGAAGUAACACCAUGGAAGAAUGGGCUUGUAACCUUCACAUCCUUCAUGUUGUUUGGAUCAACUCCAUUGCUCUCCUUCAUCAUCCUCAUACCCUUCACAAACAAUGACACUUUCAAGUUCAUUGGUGCUUGCAUUGUUUCUGCAAUUGCACUUGCUUUACUUGGUGUAGCCAAGGCAAGGAUUUCAGGUGAGAGAUACAUGUUCUCCAUUGCUAUGACACUCUUCAGUGGUGCCAUGGCUGGUGCUACUGCUUAUUUUGUAGGCUGGUCACUUAAACAUGUAGCAGGGUUAGAAGGUUGAAAAAUAAUUAACUAGAGGGAAUGAUUAGUAUCAUUUCUUAGAACUCUUUUUUUUUCAAUGAAAUAUGUAGGUUGAUAAUCUGUCCAACUUAAUUAUGUGUAGAAUGUCUAACCAUUUGGUUAGGUUAUAAAUGCACUAGAACCUACUAUCAUUGUAAUAAGGCCACACUCAUCAAUUUUCCAUGUUGAUGCAACUGAAUUUUGCAUACUCAUCAAUUUUCAUCUCAGCUAAGGUAAUGCAAAUAUGCAAUUGUAAACGAGAAA